AUGUCACAGAGUAGAAUUGACAGAUUUUUUACUGUCCGGUCAGGAGAAACGCUAUCUGACGAGUUAGAGGAUCAGUCAACCGAGCCUACGAAAGAAGAUGAGCCAGAUAAACUUUCGCGGAUCUCUAACACGAUGUAUCCAGAUCCGGCAAAGUUGUCGCGUACUUGCGACGACGCAUUGAAGAUUACAGUCCAUACUGUAGAAAAUAACAGAGAAUGGGCAAAAACGUUCGAGUUCAAGUCAAUCCCAGAGUAUGGUACCAAGCGUCAAUUUUCAAAUGAUUGGUUAGAGAAAUAUGAGUGGCUACGAUAUUCAGUUUCUGAAAAUUCCGUCUACUGCACACCCUGUCUCCUGUUUAGAUCUGCAUCUUCAAAGGAAAAAACAUUCAUCAGCACUCCAGUAUCGAAAUGGUCGAACCUAGGAAAAUAUAUCAAGAGGCAUGUCGAGGACGGUUCAAGUCAUCAUAGCUGCUGUGCUAGAGCUGAUAGUUUUAUGAAGAUUGUCAAAGGGAAACAAAAGAGCAUUACAGCACAGUUGUCUAAAAGCCACGCAGACACAGUUGCCAGAAAUCGACAUGUGUUAAGAUCAAUAAUAGAGGUAAUCAUUCUUUGUGGUCGUCAAAAUAUCCCACUUAGAAGCCAUGAUGACAGCAACAGUAACUUUAUGGUGUUGUUGAAUGACAAGGCUACUAGGGAUGAAAUAUUGAAAUCUCAUUUGGCUUCAAACGCAAAAGUAACAUACACAUCCCCUGAAAUUCAAAACGAAUUGAUCACUUUGUGUGGAGAACAUAUUGGCAACAAAAUUGUGAAGCAAUGCAACGAUGCUGUUUGUUAUUCGUUUCUUGCAGACGAGGCGACAGAUGCCUCCACUAUGGAACAAAUCGCCAUGUGUGUGAGGUAUUAUUCCGAGUCGGAAAAUGACGUCCGUGAGGAUUUCGUUGGGUUUAUUCAAGCAAAGUCAACUACUGGAGAAGCUCUGUUCAAUAAGUUCAUUGAAGGCCAGAGGAAUGUUGGGUUAGAUAUUACUAAGAUGCGUGGCCAGGGUUACGAUGGGGCCAGUAAUAUGUCGGGGUGUCAUCGUGGUGUACAAGCUCGGGUACAGCAACUAGUUCCACAAGCCAUGUAUGUUCACUGCAAAGAUCAUAGCUUGAAUCUUUCCAUCGUCCACGCCUGCAAAGAAGUACUUGUUAGAAACUUGCUGGACACCGUGCAGCAAAUUGGUUUUGCAUUUAAGUAUUCUGCAAAACGUCUACUUGCAUUCCAGGAAGAGCUAGGAAACGACCCUGUUGCUAGAGAAGAAAUGAACAAGCGAACCCGCCUGCAGAGUCUCUGUGAGACAAGAUGGGCCAGUCGUGCAGACUCACUAUACACCUUUAAAGCCGCAUACACCACUAUAGUAAAUGCCCUCGAGGUGUUAGAGCGAGAAGGAGACUCCAAAGCGCGCAGCUAA